UAUUUGGCACGUGAGCAUCGAGUGGAAGUAUCGCUGGCGUUCUAGGGGUGGCAGUUCGUAUUAUGAUGUUGCUGGUGUAGCGGCAACAUCUCGAAGAUAGCCGGUCCAGCUGAAAAUCGCGAAAUGGUGACCACAAAUAGCUAGGCUUUACGGGCCAACAGAGAAAUAUUAUACCAGAGAUCGAUCGGUUGAGAUUUCAGAAAGUGCGGUUGCUAUGAUGCAAAAGUAAUCAAGCGGUGAUUGCAAAGUGAAGUGAUCAGUAAUCAAAACUCAAGUGGCAAGAGAGCGGAGGAAAAAAAGUGACUUAGGCACAUGCAACAACUGAAUACGGAUACGCUUUUCAAGCCCUGAACAGCCGCCGACCCACGAACCCACCCACAAGUCAAGAUGCACCUGUUCUUCGUGCUAAUUUCGUGCCUGGUGAGCUCCGCGCACUGCUGGCAGUUCGACGGAGGAGGUGGAAGUGGAUCCCAUCGGCGGACCAGGAACACGGGAAGGAGUCCUCCUCCGCCGCCAGCCGGAGGCAGGGGAUCCGCCGCCCUGCUGGGCUCCCAGCAGCAGGACAUCCUCUACGCCUGUCCCCUCAACUCCAUGUGCCAGUGCGCCGGGCUGCCCAACGAGACAAGCACCCUGAUUGAGAUUAAUUGCAACGAGGUGGCCCUGUACAAGUUUCCAGAGUUCAUGCACAGCAGUGUGCGAUACAUCGAGAUGUCCAACACCCACCUGCAAAGUGUCGACGAUGAGACCUUCCAGGGGCUACGUCUCAAGACACUGAAGCUAAUCGACAACGAGCUGCAGGAUAUAUCCGAGCGGAGCUUCAGUACGAUGACACACUCGCUGAUGACACUGGAUAUAUCUGGCAACAAGAUGCAGCAUUUACCGCUGGAUGCACUGCAGCGAUUGCACUCCCUAUCGCGACUGGUGGCGCAACGAAACCACAUUACCACCUUGGAUGGCAACUGGGAUGCCCAGCAUGACACCCUGCGCUCCCUGCAUUUAUCGGACAACGAUAUUACGGAAGUGGCUCCGGGAGGUGGAUCCAUAGAGGUGAUAUCCCCAAAUGACAAUAGUUCACAGCCCUCCAGCUUGGCCGCAGUGCAAACGAGAUUGGAGACCAGUAAUUCCCUGUAUCCACCAUCACCAAGUUCUGGCGAUAGGACGAUGGGAGGUCGUCCCUUCGAGCAGCUGCAAAAACUGCUAUGGCUGGAUCUGUCCAACAAUCGUAUCUACCAUGUGGCUGGAAACUAUCUGCCGCGUUCCCUGGUGACCAUGGAUUUGUCCAGUAAUCUUCUCACGGUCUUCCCUCAACAACUUUUCGAACAACUUCCUGAGUUACGGAUCGUGAGUCUGAGGGAUAACCUUAUAAAGAGUGUUCAGUGGAAGGAGCUGCAAGUGAGGCCACUGCGAAUGCACCUAGAACGCCUGGAUCUGGGGCAGAAUUGCAUUGAGAGUCUGGAGUCUGACUAUUUCCAGCAGAACUACUCAGAUGUCCAUCUGAGGGCUUUGAAUCUGGAGCAAAACUUUGUUACCCAACUUCCAGAGGCAGUGUUUAAGGCCACAGGCAUAGCCCAUCUGGUAUUGGCCUUCAAUGCGAUCAGUCGAGUGCAUCCUGCGGCCUUUGAUGGUCUAACUGAGACUCUGGAGUAUCUGGAUCUGGAGAGGAACCGCCUGACCACGGUUCCCGUAGCCCUUUCCUCCCUGCAUCGCCUGAAGUAUCUUUACUUGACUUCAAAUCAGAUUAGUCAGCUUAACAAUCUUCCCUCGUUCACGGAAAACCUACGUGUCCUGAGUUUAAGUGGCAAUAACUUUACGAUGAUUCCAGUUCUAGGAUUGAAGAAUUACACCCAGCUAUCAUACUUGAACAUGGGUUACAACUCUAUCACAGACAUUCCCGAGGGCAUCUUCGCCGUGGAUUCCUGGGGCAGCAAUCUGCAAACUAUACUUCUAAGAAACAACAAGAUAACCCAUCUUCAUCUUGGCUCCUUUGCGGGCUUGGAGCAGAUUCAGGAGAUAAGUUUGAGUUUCAACGAUAUCACCAUACAUCAUCCUCUGGUUUUCGAGAAUGUCUCGCGAACCUUGAAGAUUCUGGAACUCUCGUUUGCUGUCUUCCCAGCCAGAAGUCUGGAGAGUCUGGAUCCAUUAGAUGCCCUUCUCCCACUUUCCCAGCUCAUUUGGCUGGGCCUGGACAACAAUAACCUGAAGCAGGUCUCCAAUGAGUCCUUCGCACAGAUGAGAGAGUUAAGCUACAUCAAUCUGAGCUUCAAUCAGCUGAAAACACUGCCCCGCGGUCUCUUUCAGUCCGAUGUUCACAGCCAUCUGGUGGAAAUUGAUUUGUCCUACAAUGCCUUGGAGCGAUUGGAGGCGGAGACAUUUCACAGUCUGGGGGACUUGCAGACACUCAAUCUGCAAUCGAAUCGCCUGAGGACGAUAGCCCGUCAUGCCUUUCACAAUCUGGAGUUCCUACGCUAUUUGGAUUUGUCCCAUAAUCGCCUGGUUAAUAUAUCCCAUGGAGCCUUUACAGUUAUGCCCAAUCUGGCUGCUUUGGAUCUGAUGCACAAUCAGCUGUGCUCGUUGUCCUUAAAGUCCUUUCUCUAUGUUUCCAAUACCACAACGCCACUGCGACUCAAUGUGAGUCAUAAUCACAUAUCCACUUUCUAUGAUGAGCUGAGCAGCUAUAUGUAUAUUUACCAACUGGACAUCAGUCACAACCAUGUGUCCAAAUCGGAUAGCUUUACGAAUCUGGCCAAUACGCUGAGGUUCCUUAACCUGGCCCACAAUCAGUUGGGUUCCCUGCAAAGCCAUGCCUUUGGGGACUUGGAAUUCCUGGAGAUCCUUAACGUGGCCCACAACAAUCUCACCUCGCUGAGGCGUCGCAGUUUUCAGGGCUUGAAUAGCCUACAGGAACUGGAUUUGAGUCACAAUCAAUUGGAUCAGCUGCAGGUGGAACAGUUCUCGAACCUCAGAAAGUUGAGAAUCCUGCGGAUCAACUCGAAUAGAUUGAAAGCUCUGCCAAGGGAGGUCUUCAUGAACACGCGACUGGAGUUCCUGGACAUAGCCGAGAACCAGUUGAGUGUGUGGCCUGUGCCGGCCUUCACCGACAUCGGGUUCACCCUGCGCUCCAUCCAGAUGUCGCACAACAAUCUGGAGUACUUGGAUGCCUCGAUGUUCAUCAACUCGCAGUUCCUGUACGACAUCAGCUUGGCCCGCAACCGCAUCACCAUACUGCCGGACAACACGUUCAGUUUCCUGAACAAUCUGACCAAUCUGGACCUCUCGCAGAAUCCCCUGGUGACGACCAACCUGCGGGAGGUGUUUGUCCACACCCCGCGGCUGCGGCAGCUGAGCCUGCACCACAUGGGCCUGUAUGUCCUGCCGCCGCUGAAGCUGCCCCUGCUCUCCUACCUCGACGUGAGUGGCAACUAUCUGCAGGAGCUGUCGCCACUGGGCUCCCUGCGCCACCUGCGUCACGUCAAUGUCUCGCACAACAAACUCACGAAUGCCAGCUGUGCGGCGGAGCACUUGCCGCCAUCGGUGAGGGUCCUGGACCUGGCCCACAAUCCUUUGAGAAGGAUCACGCUGCACGAUUUGGCCAGUUUGCGGCAUUUGGCCGAACUGAAUAUCCUGGACGUGAAGGUGGCCAAUCCGCAGGCCUUUUCCAAACUGCGUUCGUUGAGGAAACUGCAUGCCAGUUCGCAUGCGAAUCUGGGCGAGAUUGUGGCCAGGCUGUCGGGGCUGCAGCAGCUGAGGGUCCACUGCCUGGAGCCGAAUAUUAACCAGCAGCUAUUUGCCAAGUUGGCCAAUAACACGAAAAUCCGGCUACUCGAGCUUUAUGGCAGCAAUGUCCAGACCAUCGCCCCGGAUGUCUUCAGCGGAUUGUCGAGGAGUCAGCGCCUCCAGGUGAAGAUCUCGCACACCCGCAUCUCUGAUCUGCCACCCGGGAUUUUCUAUGCCCUGCGGGAGGUUCCCCACCUGUCCAUCGACAUCUCGCACAAUCGCAUCAACGCCCUCGCAGCCGACAGCUUCUAUCCCAACAAGAGCUACUGGGAUGCGGUGGGCACGAGGAGCAUCAUGGGUGGGCUCAUCACCUCGCACAAUCCCCUGGAAUGCGAGUGCGGCCUGGUGUGGUUCGGCCACUGGCUGAGGCGAUGGCUGAGGGAGUCCGCCCAGAUCAAGGUCAUCCAGAAGGACGACCUCAAGCGCAUGGUCCAGUUACCCCUAUCGAUUGCCGAUAUGCGCCGAGCCCGUGCCAACACCUGCCACGACCCGACUUCGGGUCGGCACCUGCCCAUCCUGGAGAUCUUUCCCGAGGACCUGCUCUGCCAGGCGAGUGCGCUGAGCAGUUCUGGCCAGCGGAUAUUCCUGUUACCCUUCGCAAUGGCCCUGCUGAUACCCAUCGUGAUGACGACCAUGACUCUCUGAUGUUGGCUUUAGUUGCCGGCGAAGUAAGUUUAUAGCACAUCGAAACGGAGGAGCUGGCCUUCCUAGCUCCCAACUUCGCUCCUGUGGCGAACUGCUGAAGAUACUCAACUGAUGGUUGCCUGUAUGAUAUGUACAUAUAUAAAUAUAUAUAAAAAUCGAGAACAACUUAAACUAAUCGGUAGCUACGAAUUUUUGGGAUUUAGCUAAUGGUGAGAGGCGGCCCGUAACAAUAAAGAUACAGUUAAUUGAAAGACAAGCAAAUCGGUUUAUGUCCACUCGUAAUUGAUAAGUUUUAUAUGCAUACGAACAAAGUGUAUUUAUAAGUAGUGGAACAAGUCAUGUGCUGGGCUGAUUUUCUCCUCCUCGGUUUUGCAUUUAAGUUUCUUCCGACUGCUGACUUUGAUUUUCAUUGAGAAAAUUUGUGAAGCUCGUCACCAAAAGUAAUUUCUUCCGCUCAUAACCUUCCAGCAUAAAGUUGAACUUGUAGUUGGCUAAACUCCAACUUAUUCCACAUUUUACGUAAUAUCCCUACCCCCAGUGCCCAAUGCAUGACUUUGUGUCUUGGCCAACAUUUAAGGUAAUUAAUGCAAUUGAUUACGUACACAGAACCAUACACACACCAGCGAACAUAUGAUGAUUCCUAACACACUCACACACUUAGAGCCUAGUUAAUAAACAGUUUUGCAUCUCCAUAGAUCAACCUAGGGGCAUAAGUUGUUAAUAAUAGUUGUAUAACUAUUUUUAAAAAGAAUUUGCAAACUAAUAAUACGAAAGUCUAGUUUUAUUUGCCUAUAAUUUACCAUUUAGACAAGGCCAAUAAGUACAUUAAAUAUAAAUAUUAAUAUAAAUACACAUUUAGAUAAAUCGAGAUAUAUAUAAAGAACGAUAUAUACUAAUAAUAUGAACCAUUAUUGGAUAGCAAUUAUUAAUUGUUUUUUAAGCAAGAGUAGCGGACAUUGCACAACUAACAGCAAAACUAGAAAACAGUUUGCAAACAUUGCGGGCAGUCAAAUUUUAACAAAACACACGCAGACAUAUAUAAGUACAUAUCAGUUUGGCAAAAAAUAAUAAUAAUGGUAAAAUAAUGAAAAGCAUAAUCGUGUCAUAUACAGACAUACACAACUCCAAGCAAUUUAACUGAGAGGAAUAAAUUACGAAAUAAAAACGUUCCCUUGUUUUUUUCCGUUCAUUACUCACCAUUUCAUUGGAUUUUUUUUUGUGGUUUCCACCUUUUUACAUUAUUUUGGUUACAACAAUGACAAUCGUGAUACUAAUUGUAGUUGUUUACACGACGAUGAUGCAAAAUGCACAAGUAAAAUAAUAAUAAUAAUGAUAUUGAUAAAUAAACUAUUGAAUGAGACAAAGUGGACAAAUGAAUUAUGGCAAAACAAACACUCUGAAAAAGCUGCUGGUAUUGCAAUAUUUUUUACCAAACCAAUAUUUUAACCAGCCAGGUCCCGAAAACAAAACAAAAUCCCAAAUGGAAUUUUUAUCAAAUAAUAUUGUACAUAUAUAGCAAACGGAAUGGAAUGUUCAUUAUGUUUAUUCAAGCCAGCGUUUAUUUCCAAUUAUUUUUUCAUUUAAUACACAGCGGCUAAAAAAUACGAAAUUUAAACAAAUGGAGAAGUUAAAGUAGUGAAUGAAAUACUGAAAAUGAAUAUCGAUACAGAAAAUUGAAUAUGAAAUAAAGAUAAAAAUGCUAGAAAUAUUAA